CCGAUAGCAUCUGCACACGCACAGCCCGUUUCCCCUCUCCAUCCGUCCGUCUGCGUCGCACCCACAUGGCGACGCAAGUGUCCGGUGCUACGAUGCCUGAUACCCUUGAGUGGUUCGAAGUCAAUGUGAAGGAUGGAGACGGCAACCACAUGAUCUUUCGAGUUCGCGCGUCGGUUCUCGUCAGCAAGAUCGGCGAGGCGUGGGCCGUCCGCUUCGGCAUCGCUCCCAACGGCCCCGGCCGCAAGAGCUACAAACUCAGCUUUGAAGGGACUCGCCCCGCGGCUGAUGCUACUGUUGGAGACCUCCUCAAAGACAACGAGUACAACCAGCCCUUGACCCUCUGGUUUCAGAAGUGCCAGUGCGGAUGCUAGCGCUCUUCCAUCGGGCCGAAUGAGCUCCACAGCCCUCGACUUCCAAC